CUUACAUCUCUCGCCGAUCUCUCGUCGGAUUGUUGCAGGUUUUUAGUCUUGAGCUAAUUAGAUUCCUCAGUUUCUAUGGAUAGAAUUAGUCACUUACCAGACGAAACCCUAUCGAAGAUUUUGUCAUUUCUUCGGACACAAGAUGUUAUGCCAACUAUGCUUUUGUCUAAACGCUUUAAGUCUCAGUGGUUGUUGGUGCCAAAACUUGAGUUUGAUGAUAGCACUCACUUUCCCGAAACUUGGGGUUAUCAAGAGCCUGAUUAUGGGAAUUUUCGACGGUUUGUCGACAGAUUGUUGAUGUCACGUGAAGGUCUUGUUCUACAAAGUCUCUAUCUCAAGUUAGGUCGACGAUGCUCAUAUGAUGAUAUUGCAAUCUGGUUUGGAAUCGCUGUGAAACGUGGUCUAAUGGAGCUCAAACUCGAAUACGAUGGCUGCUUAGAUCCGCGGCAUAGUUUUCUUCCAAAAAAUCUUUACACUUGUGAUACACUUGUGGUCUUGAAAUUGAAGAAAGGUUAUUUGGAUGUUCCUGAUCUCGUUUGUCUAAGGUCUCUGAAAACUUUGUCCCUCAAAUCUAUGAUAUACUCCAACGCCAGUUCUCUCCUUAGACUUUUACCCAAUUGUCCUGUUCUUGAAGACUUGUUCAUACAACAAUGUUAUAUACAUUCCUGCGCGCUGAGUUUCAAGAUUAUACUGCCUUCCUUGAAGAAGUUAUCUUUUGUCCCAAAAAGAAAGAAAAGGUGGUAUUCUAUGAUUGACCCGUCGAAAACUUCUAGUGGAAUCACAGGACUUGUGUUAGAUGCUCCUUCUUUGAAAUACUUGCACAUUGUAGAUCGUUCGGGUGGUUUUUCGGUUAGCGAGAUUAUUAACAUCAAUGCUGUGGUGAAGGCCACAAUUGAGGUUAUUCUCAGCCAACCCGAGAAGCUUCUGCAUUCUCUUGUUUCCGUUGAGCAUAUUCGUUUAUGUUUAUCUGCUACAGAGGUUGUGUAUCCUGUUGGUAGCUGCUUCCAUAGACUCAAACAUUUGGAGGUAUGUACAUGCAAAUCAGAGUGGCUCGAUCUAUUCAUGCAUCUGGUUGAAGAUUCGCCUAGCUUAAAGGUUAUCAAAAUCAAUCAGUGUCAUCCUCUUACAAAUCCCCGGCCUCACUGGAAUCAACCGGGCUCUGUUCCAAGAUGUUUUUCAUCAAAUCUUGAAAUUUUGGAGUGGGUAGAGUAUGGAGGGACGCAAGAAGAGAAAGAACUUUCGACAUAUAUCUUUAAAACCGCAGUUUGUUUGAAGAAGGCGAGUUUUACCGCUAAAUCGAUUGAUGCCAACAAGAAACUGCAGAUGCUUCAGGAGUUAGCCUUGUCGCCAAGGGUUUCACCCACUUGUGAGCUUGUAUUUAAUUGAAAAUUGCAUGCUGAUCACUCUCAGACCAAACUUCUUCAGAUCUUUUUUUCGUUUUUGAGUUUUAUUUCCUCUUAUGGAGUUUGUUGUUAAAGUUUUCAGUGUACCUGACUCUUUGCUUUAUGGAUUGCUAAAUUGCAUUUACUUA